CCCUGACACCCUUAACUUAUAUUUCAUCAAAUAAAAAAGAAAUGGUGACCCGCAGGAAGCAGUUGAACUAAAACUUUCGAGAACGACCAGCUGCAACAUUGUCAACCUCUACCAAACCUCCUCCAGGCCAACGAACUACUCCUGUGCGAGUAUCUCAUCAUUUUAAUUAAUGUUGUGCGGCCAACUAUUUGAUUCCCAGUAGAUCAACCACUUCAUGGACACAGACGAUUUCAGCUUCCCCACACACAAUUUCCCUCUAACUCCUAUCGACUCACCCCCGUUGUGGUGCUUAUCUCCUGCAGCAGAAGAAGAUCGUAAUCAUGGAGAAGACAUCAUGGAUGCUGUAAAUUGUAGUUAUCAAAGAAGAAAGAGCGUUUCACAUAUCGAGCGUGGCGGCCGGAAAAUGAGAGAGAAGGAAGAAGAGGAGACUAAGACUAUGGACAUGCUCUGGGAAGAUUUCAACGAAGAACUACCGAUGUCAAGAACUGCAGCAAGAUCAGACUACUCUGGUAGGUUUUCACAAGAGAUAUUAAAACAAUUGGGCUGCGUUCAAUCUUUCAAGUUUUCGAAAACCAACAGUACUACUACUACUGCCGUCGGCGUCGCGGGGGUUAUGAAGGUCAUAAAAAGGUUGUUCUUCCUCCACAACCCUAAUCACAAACUCAAGAAACCUGCAUGGCCAUGAUCAAAUUGUCUACCUCUUCCCUUUCUUCCCUUUCCUGCGUUCUUGUUUUUUUCUUCUUCAUAAUAUCUUUUUUAAAUGGGGUGAUCAUAUACUAGUGGUCAGUGUAAAUAAUUUGAUCAUAUAUAGUUUGAUUAAUAAAAAGAAGGUACAGAGGGCACGUCUCAUGACCAAGUCAUGUCUAUGUAUGAAUGUAUUUCAGUUUCUCUAUCCAUUUGACUAUUUGCUAAAGCA